GUCGGCGCGCACGUCUCUGCUGCUGGCGGGGUGGAGAACGCGAUACUGAACGCGGCAAAGCUCGGCGCCAACGCGUUUGCGCUCUUCCUCAAGUCCCAGCGUAGAUGGACCGGCCCUCCGUUGAGCGAACAGUCGAUAUCGGCGUUUCGCGCGCGGCUCGCCCAGUUCGACUACGCUCCAGAGCAUAUCCUUCCACACGGAAGCUACCUGAUUAAUCUGGGAAAUCCGGACGCCGAGAAGCGCCAAAAGUCAUACUUGUGCUUCUUGGAUGAGCUGAAGCGUUGUGAGCAGCUCGGCCUGCUGCUGUACAAUUUUCACCCGGGAUCCACCGUUGGAGCGGCGACCGUCGACGAGUCGAUAGGGUUCAUUGCAGAGUGCAUCAAUGACGCUCACAAGGAAACAGAAAAUGUCGUUACGGUCAUAGAGAACAUGGCUGGCGCAGGAAACAUUGUUGGUGGAAAGUUUGAGGACAUUGCAGGCAUCAUCGAUAGAGUGAAGGAUAAGUCUCGCGUCGGUGUAUGUCUCGACACUUGCCACAUGUUUGCAGCGGGAUAUGAUAUCAGGACGCAGGAGAGCUGGGAUUCGACCAUGAAGCAAUUUGACAGCGUGAUCGGACUCCAAUAUCUUCGGGCCAUGCAUCUCAACGAUUCCAAGGAGCCCCUCGGCUCGAAGAAAGAUCGCCAUGAGAAUAUUGGACUUGGCGCCCUGACUAUCAGCGCAUUCUCCCAUGUUCUUUCAGAUUCACGUAUGCAAGGGAUUCCCUUAGUUCUCGAGACGCCCGCACAUGACCUUGACGCGGUCUGGAGCGCCGAGAUUGCCGCUCUGAAUCGCCUGUCUUCGACUGAAUUUGACCUACAGAAAGCCGAA